GAAAUAAUUGAGCUGGAAUUCGAUAGACUGCCAGAUGAUGCAAAUGAGGUGAUUGCUAUAUUGAGGGGCGAACGUGCUGCUCUUCAUUUAUGGGUCGAUUUAGCUUUGGCGUAUUAUCGGCAUGGAAAUGAGGCGGAUUUUGUUCGAAUACUUGAACUGAGUGGUUCAGAGGCAAAUCUUGACUAUCAGGAAUUUCCAAGAGAUCAAAUGCGUGCAUUGGACACUUUAGCUGCUUAUUAUGUUGUGCAGAGUCAUAAAGAGCGUAAUAAGGAGAAGAAGAAAGAAUGGCAAACGAAAGCAACGUUAUUGUAUACAACAGCUGAUAAGAUUAUAAUGUAUGACACGAAUCAUCUUCUCGGACGGGCUUAUUUCUGCUUGUUGGAAGGCAAAACCGAUCAAGCUGAGCAGCAGUUCAAUUUCGUGUUAAACCAGGUUGGUGAAAAUAUUCCAGCAAUGUUAGGUAAGGCGUGUAUUUUCUUUCAAAAGAAGGAAUUUCGAAAGGCAUUAAACUGCUAUAGAAGUGUUUUACGCAAGAAACCGGAUUGCCCGGCUGAUGUGAGGCUUGGUUUCGGUUAUUGUUUGGCGAAGCUUGGAAAAGCCGAGAAAGCGAGGUUGGCCUUUGAGCGUGUUCUGGAGCUGGAGCCGUUGAAUGUGAAUGCGUUAAUAGCAUUAGCAAUACUCGACAUGAAUAAUCUGGAUGAAGAGGGCAUUCAGAAUGGAGUACAAGCCUUGAGUCAAGCUUAUCAAAUCGACCAAGAAAAUCCUGUUGUCUUAAAUCAUCUCGCAAAUCAUUUCUUCUACAGAAAUGUUCGUUACAUUUCAUUCAUAAUGAUGUUACCAUUCAAAAAGAUUGUCGAAUGA